CUAGAAUCGUAGGUUUAAUAAACAAUGAGUGAAAACCUGUCGACCAUACAUGCCGUUCCAGCAAGUUCUGUGCGUUUGACCACGACCAAGUCAACAAUCACUAAGAAGAAUGCAAAGAAAGGGCUAGGAGCGAAGAAAAGUGGUCUUGGUGCUCAUAAAGUAACCAAAGCUGAUUUUGAAAAACUAGAGAAAACGGCCGAGAUUCUGGAUAGUUCGAAAUCUAAAGUUGAAAAUAAUGAAUCGAUGAAUGAACCAGUUAGCAAGGAAUCGUUACGAUUGGCGUACCGCGACAUUGAAACGAAGGAGAAACAGAACGAUGCUCGUAUAAGUCGGAUGGACGGGAAGCGGAAGGAACAAGCGGAGAGGCUGGGGAUGGGGAUGGGGAGGACCGGCGGUGUUUCACAUUCCUUGAACAUGAUGACGAUCGACCAAACCAACCCGACCACCAAACCUGCCAGGAAAGGGCGCUAUGAGGACAACAACGACACUUUUUACGACGCAUUUUUUUCCUCCCCAAAGAGUAGGUGGGAAAGUGAUCCAGAAGACGAGAUUGCGAGGAAAAAGUUUUCCGGGAGCAGUGUUGACCAAAUGUCAACAUUUUCAACUGGCAACACUGGAUCAAAGUCAGAAUCGGGGAACAACAACAGACCCACGAAACCAACCAUAACGUACGACAGUCAACCCUUACCCAACAAUAUGCGUAACAACAAAUCUGUUUCAUCGGAAAUGUUGUUUGGAACGCAAUCGGAAGCAUCUGAAGGCCAAAGGUUACGAAAGUUCAAGAACUCAACAGCGAUAUCUAGUGAUGAGUUUUACGAUCGACCCCCACAAAGUAACCACGUGCCCGAUGUUUCGGAUAUCAAGGACGGGGUGAAGGAGGGGGUGAAAAGUGUGGCUGGGAAGUUAUCGAGUAUCGCAUCUGGGAUCGCAAGUUCCAUCCAGGAUAGAUAUGGUUAAUGCAGUAGAGUGGGGAGUGGUUGACGUGCCUUCAGCAGUAACAGGCGUUGCAGUUUGUCCCAGUGCAAUAACAAGUUGUGUAGAUAUUCAAUGUUGGAAUAAAAUAUCUGUAACUGA